CCGCUUUAAUGUAGAGUAUUAAUGAUUUUCCUACCUACGGGAUGUUGUCUGGGUGGAUGACUGCUGGAAAGUUAGCCUGUCCUUACUGCAUGGAGAAUACUAAAUCGUUCAAUUUAAAGCAUGACAAAAAAUAUUUCAUAGUUUGAUUGUCACUGUCAGUUCUUGCCAAUGGAUCACGAGUUUAGGAGUAUGAAAAAUUCAUUUAGGAAGAACACCAUUGAACGAAACUAUCCACCUCCAAGACUUUCAGGAGAGGAAAUUUGGGAGAGGGUUGAGUAUUUUUCGAAAGUUACUGAAGAACCACCGUACAAGUUAGAUGGGUAUGAGCUUGCACAUAACUGGACCAAGUAUAGCAUAUUUUGGGAGUUACCAUAUUGGAAGGAUAAUCUUCUCCGGCAUAAUCUUGAUGUCAUGCAUAUUGAAAAAAAUUACUUUGAUAAUUUGUUCAACACAGUGAUGGAUGUCAAAGGCAAGACAAAAGAUAAUCCAAAGGCUAGAUUGGACUUACAAGAAUAUUGUAGGCGUAAAGAGUUAUGGUUGCAGGACAAACGAAACGGGGUCUUCAAGCCUAAGGCUAGUUAUUCAUUCACAAUGGAUCAGAAGCGAAAGAUUUGUGAAUGGGUUGAGAACUUGAAGAUGCCUGAUGGGUAUGCAUCAAAUUUGGAAAAACGUGUUGAUAUGGUGCAAGGAAAGAUAUAUGGGAUGAAAAGCCAUGAUUGUCAUGUUUUCAUGGAAACUUCACUCCCCAUUGCAUUUAGUGGCUUGCCUACCCGAAUCUGGAAGCCUAUGACAGAAAUUAGUUUCUUCUUCAAAGACUUGUGUUCCAGCACGUUGAGGGUAGACAACCUGGAUAGGAUGCAUCUGAAUAUUCCUGUAAUAACAAGUAAGUUGGAAAAAAUUCUUCCACCGGGGUUCUUCGAUGUGAUGGAACAUCUUCCAGUUCACCUUGCGGAGGAAGCCCGACUCGGAGGCCCAGUUCAUUGUCGUUGGAUAUAUCCCUUCAAGAGAACUAUUGGCAAGUCUAAACGGGGUAUCAAGCAGAAACAUAGAGUUGAAGGCUCAAUUUGCGAAGCCUAUCUUGCUAGCAAAACAACUCAUUUAUGUUCUUACUACAAAACAAACCCAACCGACAUUUUGAAGGAGCUAAUAAUGAUGCUUUAGCGAAGCAGAUAUCAAUCUUCAAUCGGCCGGGUUCGGGUUCAAAAAAAUGUACAAGAGAAUUUAAUGAUAUGCAGUCUAAAUCUGCAUCGAUACAUGUCUUGCUGAAUUGCCCGGAAGUUCAACGAUAUUAUGAAUACCUCAACGAAGACAUUCUUCGAGCCGUUUCGACAUUUAAGAGAUCUGAGUUUUCCUGGGAAAGCUGUGGGUGUGAAAGUUGGAGGCGCUGCACCUGCUGAAGCUGCUCCAGCUAAGAUGGAAGGUGAAAAGAGGGGUAAGAAAACAAAGAAGGCUAGGGAGACGGAGGUUGCCAGGAGACCACCAGAAAACCUUGUGAUUAGAGAUAGCAGCCCGUCACCACGUCUCCCACCACGCGGCGCUUCAUUUCCUUAUGAUUCCCUCAUGAACGGCAUUGCAUAUAGUCUUACACAUCCAUACAGCUUUGGUCGGCCCUAUAUGUCUCCACGUUAG